CUCUACUAUAUAUGCACCAUAUGAGUCUUUACUCGAUCUAAAGGACAUCAAUGGCGGAAGAAAAGAGUAAGAAGAAGACCAUCGUUGCAUCCGACGGCGACAACGACGAACAUGAUGAUGACUACUCAUCAUGUGACCAAGAUCCUCAAGAGACGGACCUUAGUUGGAUUCUUGACAAACUCAGUUUAGGAGAGAAGAAGGAGGAAAAGAAAAAACUGUUGGUCUUAAGUCUGAAUGGUCUACUUCUACACCGUGUCCAUAAAAAAGUUUCGCAUUUAGCUCCCAAGAACCGUUCUCCUGAUGCUUCAUGUGGACCAAAUCUUGUGUAUAAGAGGCCAUUUGCUGAAGAGUUUAUGAAGUUUUGUCUUGAGCGAUUCGAAGUUGGGAUUUGGUCCUCUGCUUGCGAGAAAAAUGUUGAUAUAAUUCUAAACAUUAUUCUUGAAGACCUACAAGAUAAGCUACUGUUCGUGUGGGAUCAAGAAGAGUGCACGGACAGUGGAUAUAAAACACUAGAGAACAGCUACAAGCCUUUGUUCUUUAAGGAUCUCUCUAAAGUGUUUCAAUGCUUCAAAGGUUUCUCUGCCUCAAACACCAUCUUCAUCGAAGAAGAACCUUACAAAGCUCUUCUCAAUCCUGACAAUACUGGUCUGUUCCCGUUGAGUUAUGAUCCGUCAGACGAAAAAGAUGGCUUACUUGAUCCGGAAGGAGACUUCUGCUCUUACUUGGAUGGUCUGGCAAAAUCAUCGGAUGUUCAGGCUUAUAUCAAAGAGCAUUCUUUUGGACAGCCCAAGAUCGAUUCUUCUCAUCCUGACUGGUCUUUCUACCGCAAAGUCGCAAAGAUUGUCUCUUGAUCUUUGCAUAUUUAUCAGUUUUUUUUUUUUUUAAGUUUUCAUAUUCUCAAUGUUUCCCUUCUUUUGACUUACUACUAAAGACGUGAACAAAGUCUUAUUUCAAUUCUAAGAAUAAAGUUGGAUCACUUCUUUUUCAUCA